AUGCCUAUCACGAAGAAGGAUCGAGUGAGAAAGGAGCAGAAGAAGGCAGAUGCAGCCGGUACUCGUGCUGCAGUGCACGCGAACGGCACGCCAGUCAAAGCGGCCAAGCCGAAGUCGAUCUGCGCCUUCUGCCGCAAAGAGCUUGACAACACCAACCUCAAGAUCCUCGAGCAACAUGCAGACACCCACUCAGACGCUUGGCCGAAGGAGAAGUGUUGGCCGAACGAGUUCAAAUGA